AUGUCUCUAGGAAUUGUCAGUUAUUCCAGUUCUGAUGAAGAGGGAAUUAACUUUUCGGAUUCCAAGAUACCAGAAUUAACAGAAAAAAAUUUAAGGAAAAGGAAAUUUGAAGAUUUGAAAUUACCUGUGCCAGAUUCUAUACAAAAUAUGUUUAAACAACAAAAGAAACAUGAAGAUAAUCCAGUUAGACAUGAGGGUAGAAUACGAAGUUUUGAACAUGUUGAAGGAAAUUGGGCGACUCAUGUUUACAUACCAUAUUUGAAAGAAGACAGAUUUAUAUCAAUGGUAGAUGAAGUUUUAAAAUGUUUACAUCCAUUAGACUUUCACAAAAUGUCUGAAUUUCAUUUAAGUUUAUCAAGAACAGUGACAAUACGACAUCACUGGAUAGAUUCUCUUACACAAUCUCUACAAAAAUCAUUUCAACAUAUAAACAGAUUUAUAUGCUGUCUGUCAACAUUUAAGUUUUACACAAAUGAUGAAAAAAACAGAACAUUUCUAAGUUUACAAGUAUCAGAUUCAAGGAAUAGAUUAAAAGAGUUGACUGAUUUAGUUGACACUUGUUUUGAAGAAUUUCACCUGGAAAAGUAUUAUAAGAAUCCAUCUUAUCAUAUCAGUAUUGGUUGGUGUUUAAAUAAUGUUAUUGAUAAAAUAACAAAUAAACAACAUACUUGUUUACAGGAAACAUUGGACAGUUUUCUAGAAGAAAAUGAAGAUUUGAACUACAUUGAUGUAGAUUCUAUACAGUGUAAAACUGGUAAUAAAGCUUUUACAUUUCGUCUGAAAGACAGUUGA